CGACAGUAUAAUGAUUUACUGCCAUUCAGUUGUGUGAUUGGAAUUGUUGGCAUUCGUACAGUUGAGGCAACCUAUGAGCAGUCAACUAGAAUCCAUGCGGUAAUACUAUCAACAUGCUGUGCAAUCUAAGUAAAACAAAACUCUUGCUUAUUACGCUACUGGCGGCAAUUGUUGUUGUUGGGAUUACUCUGGGCCUGGUGUUUGGUCUCCGCAAUGGUAAUUCUGAAGGGCAGGACAGUAAAUCACCAGCAUUACGAGGGGGCGCAGUUGUAUCCAACGGACAUGAAUGUGGUGCCAUUGGAGCCAAUAUUUUGCGACGGAAUGGAUCGGCCGUCGAUGCAGCGAUUGCUAUCAUGUUGUGUGAAGAGGUAACCUGUCCUCAGAGCACCGGAAUCGGUGGUGGUUUUCUGGCGACUAUCUACGAACGUGAAACGGGAGAAGUGAUUUCGCUGGAUGCUAGAGAAACUGCCCCGCUGGCGGCAACUGAAGAUAUGUUUGUAAACAACGGAGACGCAGCGGUUGAAGGUGGUUUAGCGAUUGCUACUCCCGGCGUUAUCAAAGGUUAUUGGGAGAUGCACCAACGUUACGGAAAAUUAGAAUGGAAGGCCUUGUUUGAGGAGACUAUUGAACUUUGCCGAAACGGGGUGGUUGUGGAUGAUUUUCUACGUUACGCUAUGGUAGACAAGCGACAGAUAAUUUUGUCUGUUCCAUCACUGCGAGAAGUUUUUAUUAACCCGGAAACGGAAGACGUUUGGCAGGUGGGUGAUUUAUUGAAACGCGUGGUGCUUGCUGAUACUUUAGAGAUCAUUGCUGAAGAAGGAGUGGAUGCUCUUCACAAGGAAGGUGGCAGUUUGUUGUCAAAAUUGGUGGCAGACCUUCAGGAGUUUGGCAGUAUAAUAACAAAAGAAGAUUUUAUUCAAUACAAGCCACGAUGGUUACCUCCAGCUUCUACGACUGUUCGGCAGAAUUACAGUGUGUACAGUAUGCCGCUACCUGGCAGUGGAACCAUUGCCAUCUAUAUUCUAAACCUAUUGGAUGGGUAUGAUGAUUUGAGACCAGAUGAUCCGGUCACCUGGCAUCGUGUGACGGAGGCUUUCAUGCACGCUUAUGGUGCUCGUACUCGCGCAGGAGACCCUGAUUUUGUAUCUGACAUUGACAAACUGAUUGAUGAUUUAGGGAGCAAAUCUUAUGCGGAUGAUAUACGGACAAAAAUUGAUGAUGAUAGAACUUUUACUGAAUAUAAAUAUUAUGGUGCAGAGUUUGCGGAACAGGAGGACCACGGGACGGCACACGCUUCGGUGUUAGCACCGAAUGGCGACGCGGUAGCAAUCACAGGCACUAUCAAUACCUAG